AUGUCCAUUCCAUCUACAAGGGAAAAGUCAGUAGAGACUGUGUCAGAGAAGGAUGAAGAUCUCCUUACUCCACCAGACGGAGGCCGUGGAUGGCUUAUUGUCUUUGGUUCUUUCCUGGGCCUUUUUUCGAUCUUUGGUUACAACUAUUCAUGGGGUAUCUACCUCAACUAUUACAACAAAAAUGUUUAUGUAGGGAACAUGAGCCAGCUGUCCUGGAUUGGUUCCAUCUGUGUAUCGCUCUUCUUUGUCCUCGGGCCUAUCAACCAGCUUGUCAUUAGUCGUAUGGGAUAUAAAUACAUGCUUGUCACAGGCACCGUUCUCUGCACUGCUGCCCUUAUUUUGGCUUCAUUUGCCCAGCAGGUCUGGCAUAUAUUCUUGACUCAGGGCGUCCUCUUUGGCUUUGGUGCUUCCUUUGUAUGGUUCCCCUGUAUUGGUGCCCCUCAGCAGUGGUUCUCGGAAAGACGUGGCCUGGCAGUCGGUCUGGCCAUGUCUGGUUCGGGUAUCGGUGGUCUUUGUAUCUCGAACAUUAGCCAGGCAGUAAUCAAUAACCUGGGUUACAGAUGGGCACUGCGAAUCAACGGUAUCAUCGUCUUUGUUCUGCUUUCGAUUGCAUCUCUCCUUGUCCGUCCUUUGGGUACCAGUAAACAAACAGGUGGAAAUGGACAAUUGAUCAGCUGGUACCUAUUCAAGAACCCUAUGUUCUCUAUUAUGUUUGUCCACGGUCUCAUUACAACCUUUGGUUACAUGACCCCAUUUUUCUUGCUCUCUUCCCAUGCAAAUUUCCUUGGACUUGACCCAUGGGUUGGUACUAAUCUGUCGGCGAUUAUGUCGGCUGUCAACGCAGCAUCCCGUAUCUGUACUGGUUACAUGGGUGACAGAAUCGGCCGAUUCAAUAGUUUGUUCCUGUGCACCUUUAUGGCCGGCGUGUGCUGUCUAGCGAUCUGGAUUAACGUCCAUGACCAGGCAACAAUCUGGGUAUUUGCAGUACUCUAUGGAUUCUUUGGUGGUGGAUACAUUGCCCUAUUCCCGACCGUCCAGCCCCAGGUCGUUGGCCUUGAACACAUCUCUCCUGCAGUCGGUCUACUAUACUUUACAAAUCUUUUUGGCUACAUGUUCGGCACCCCAAUUGCGUCUGCCCUCAUUAAUCGUAGUAGUCCCCCUCGGUACGAAGAUGGCGCAAUCUGGGCUGGCGUCACAGUCAUUGUCGGUUCCCUGUUUGCCGGAUGGCUGCGUGUACAAAAGGCAGGCUGGAAGUUUGUAAAGGUCUAA